UGCCUCUCUAGGGCCUAUAAAUUCCAUCUUCCCAUCACCUCAUUUCACGCACAACUGAGCUACAAACAUUAGAGUGGAAAGAGUUAGCACUUGGUGUCAAAGGAGCUCUGAUUUGGUUAGAAAGAGAGAGAGAAAAUCAAGAAUGGAGAGCUUCCCAGUUAUUGACUUGUCAAAGCUUAAUGGUGAAGAGAGGAAACCAACCAUGGAGAAGAUUGAAGAUGCCUGUGAGAACUGGGGUUUCUUUGAGUUGGUGAACCAUGGGAUAUCUCAUGAUCUCUUGGACACUGUGGAGAGACUCACAAAGGAGCACUAUAGGAAAUGCAUGGAGCAAAGGUUUAAGGAAAUGGUGGCCAGCAAAGGUCUUGAGGCUGUUCAAUCUGAAAUCAGUGACUUGGACUGGGAAAGCACUUUCUUCUUGCGCCACCUUCCUGAGUCUAAUAUGGCUGAAAUCCCUGAUCUUGAAGAAGAUUACAGGAAGGUAAUGAAGGAGUUUGCACUGGAAGUGGAGAAACUUGCUGAGCAACUUCUAGACUUGCUGUGUGAGAAUCUGGGGUUAGAAAAGGGCUACCUGAAGAAAGCCUUUUAUGGGUCCAAGGGACCGAAUUUCGGUACCAAGGUCAGCAACUACCCCCCAUGCCCUAAACCAGACCUCAUCAAGGGCCUCAGGGCUCACACUGAUGCUGGUGGCAUCAUUUUACUGUUCCAAGAUGACAAGGUCAGUGGCCUCCAGCUUUUCAAGGAUGGCCAAUGGAUUGAUGUUCCACCCAUGAAACACUCCAUUGUUAUCAACUUAGGUGACCAACUUGAGGUAAUUACCAAUGGCAAAUACAAGAGUGUAUUGCACCGUGUGAUAGCUCAAACAGAUGGCACCAGGAUGUCAAUAGCAUCAUUCUACAACCCAGGCAGUGAUGCUGUCAUGUAUCCAGCACCGGCAUUGGUAGAGAAGGAAGCAGAGGAAAGCCAAAUCUACCCAAAAUUUGUGUUUGAGGACUAUAUGAAGCUCUAUGCAGGCCUCAAAUUCCAAGCCAAGCAGCCGAGAUUUGAAGCCAUGAAGGCCAUGGAAUCUACAGUCAAUAUGGAUCCAAUUGCGACUGUUUGAGUCCUCUUUUAGAGGAAUGGAAGGGGGUGUUCUGUUCGUACUAAUGGGGACUGUUGUCGUUCUAGUGUUGGUAUUUUUGUCUUAGUUAUUACAUGUGUUGGUCUAGUGUGGAACUUAGUUGUUUGAAUAAGCCGAAAGCUUGGACUAAUAAUUAGCUUCUAAGGUAUGGUUUGAUGUUAUUCCUGAUCAUGUCUAAAAGGUCGGGCGUCUAAUAGUAAUUUUAUGCUGUAGAAAUUAGAACGUCCAAAAUCCUCUUUGACAUGCAAUUAUUCUUCCUUUAAUGUUAUGUGAUAGUAUUCAUGCUUCAAAAUAUU